UAUUUAUGUAUCAAGGGAGUUAUGAGGGUUUUAACCACAGAGGGCAACAGAUUUCAAUCCCGAGGGACGUAAGUCCCGAGGGAUUGUUGCGUUGCCCGAGGUGGUUAAAAUCCAAUAACUCACAAGAUAGAUAAUUAAUUUUAUUUCAUACUGCAUGAAAUAUAAAAACCAAAUUGUUUUGGUUUUCAGAACAAAACGAAUUAUCUUCAUUGAGAAUUAAGUAGGCAUGGUUGCCAUGGAAAUGUCACUGACAACAUUGUAGAUAUUUGUCAUAUCGUGUUUCUCAUCAUAUUCAAAUUUGUGAAAAUGAAUGCAAACUCAGAGAGAAUUGAGAUUUCAAGAAAUUUGUUGGAAAAGGCUGAAAAAGCUCGUUCCGUACUACUACCGACAAAGUCGGAACUUAAGUACAAAAAGGAAUAUGACAAAUUUCUGCAGUGGAUGGAAGUUAACCGUAUGGAUAGUAAAAACACGAGUGAAACUGUAAUGUUGGCGUAUUUUCAAGAGAUGUCUGAAUUGUAUAGUCCUAAUUCGCUGUGGACAAAGUGGUCAAUGCUAAAAUUGAUGAUGAGAAUACAUGAUGACAUAGAUGGAAGUAAAUUUCACGAAUUGGAAGCGUUUCUCAAACGCAAAAGUAAAGGCUAUGAGCCAAAAAAGUCUCAAGUGUUUAGUCGGGAAGAUAUUGUCAAAUAUGACAACAUUGAAGAGACAUGGUGGAUGGCGAAGUUCAACGGUGGCAGAAGGGUAUUUGGCCGACAGCAUGGAAUUGAAAAACAAAACUGCAAGGAUGUUAGCUGGCAUGUCAGAUGA